CCAAAUAUUGAAAUUUUACUCUUAAUAAUAAAAAAAAGGCAUCUCAAUGUUUUGGGGUUUUUAUUUUUACGCUUUCUAUGUCUUACAAGGCAAUGAGCUCUGAGUAGUCAGGCUUAGAUUUUGUAGACUUCAAAGCUAUGCAGCUAUUGUCUUACCUCUUUUAUGACCGCCGGUAGAGCCAGUUUAGCUCCAUUCUGUUCAUGCUCAGUUGACUGAGCAACACCUUUAAAUUUCAAGUCUUGUAAAAGAAGAACACUUUGACUAAUCACGCACAGUUCAACUUUCGAAAGUAAGAAUCAAGAGGCUUAAGAAAUACUGUAACAACCACAUCACACAGAAUCCACUCUUUUUCACCACACAGCAGACUGGUUUCAGUGGGACUCGUUAUGCUGGGUUUGGACUAGUCGUCAUACUGAGCGAUGUUACCAAGAUUCAAACUGAGGAUCCUGAUUCAGGGCCUGACUCUGUUCCUGUUGAGCCCGCUGUACGAAGCCACAUCUCUGGGGCUCACAGUCAACGUUGUGCCUCUGGGCAGCGAUGGAGGGAAAACGGUUCGGGCUCAUUUCAGUGUCAUCACUCCAUCUCCUUGUCCCGAUUUCUCAUCAGUCUGUGCGACAGGAGAGGACUGUGUGACCUACCUCACCUCGUUUCCUUUCAACGGCACCAAACCCAACCCCGGCUGGUGUGUCCGCCAGUGGCAGAAAACCGUUCCCAGUGAUUAUAACGCUGAGCUCAGUUUAGGGCCCAGUACAAAGUUUUAUGUACGUAUAAAUGCAGAGCCGAAAAUUCGGGCAAACAAUGGGAAGCUCAACCGACCGCCUUUUGUGGCCCUCCCGCCUCCGCUGAGGGCCCGUGUGAACUGUCCUCAGGACUUCCAUCUGUCAGUAAAAGACCUGGACGGCGACACUGUGAAAUGCCGCUUUGCCAGCUCCAACAAAGGAGAGUGUGUUGACUGUAAUCAGCUCCCUUUUAUUGAACUGAACGAGAAAAACUGCAUGAUGUCAUUCACCGGAAAUGCAGCCCCAGGACAAUAUUUCAUCUACCUGAUGGCUGAGGACCAGAUUCCUGUGCCCAAAAUAAGCCAAGUCUUUGACAACAAACCCCUCAGUUCUGUUCCUGUUCACCUCUCUCUUAGUGUGGAAGAGUCGGCUUACAGCUGCAGCGAUGAACUGGUGACAAUGGAUGGGACUCCUGAAGACAACUCUGUAAUGUUUGUCCUGCCGUUCCAGGAGGUGAAAUUCAACGUAAACUACAAGUCAGAGCUGGAGAGUGUUUUGGAAGUCGCUGUGGUCGGCCCCCCUGAUCUUUAUAGAGUUGGCUUGAUAUCAGUCGGCUCCCUGGCAACAAUGAGCAUGGCCUGGAUCCGCUCUGAAAACAACCUGACCCGUCUUUUACCCGUCUGCUUUGCUGCCAAUACCAAAAGUUUGCAGUCAGACCUGCGCUGUGUGUGGCUGUAUCAAAAGGAAAUGAGGACGCUUCCUGCUGGAACAGAGCUGACAUGUGAGAAGACCGAGAUGACUCUGGUGCUGCCCUUGGCCUCCCUCACUAACAUCAAGCUGGCUGAACUGCAGCUCAACAGCCCCACCUGUCCCGUCACCUACAACACCACACACUUGACUGCACACAUCUCCCUCUCAGGCUGUGGUACAAAGACUGUGCACUCUGGUUCAGAGCUGGUUUACACCAACACCUUGCAAAGUGUGCGUCCCUACACUAUGGUCAGCCGCCAGCCCUCCCUUGUCCUCCCUCUGGCCUGCCGGAUCGCUGGAGCCCAAGUCAAGGGACCACAGUAUGCCAUCAGCAUGCCCACAGAGAAGGAGACCUUUGGUGAACUUAGAGUUUGGAUAGAAUUUCACUUUCCAGGACAGGGGCCCCUUUCAAAAUUCACAGUCACUCCCAAGUUUCGCGCUAAUUUCCUCCCACCAGCAAGAGCUCGCCGGGCAGUUUCCAGUACCACCUCUGUUAAUAAUGACACAGCAACAGGAAGCGUCGGAUCCAAGAUCCAGCAGCUGGACCUCUAUUUGUUGUCCAACUGCAGCGUGGAACGAGCUGAGAUGAUUGUGACCCAGUGCAUUCAGUCUGAGACGGAGGACUUUGCAACGAGUAAUCCCAUCAUGGAUAACGGGUGCGUGACGUCCAACAACACAUUAGAGAUUGUGACGUCUCAAUCAAAUUCCAAGAUUUACCGUCUUGAUUUAAGCAAAAUGGCGACUACCGGAUCAACGAUGUUUGUCGAGUGCAAAGUCCAAUUGUGCAUCACCACCAUGCCUUCUGAUAAGUGCCCGGAUGUGUGCAGCCGCGCCACAAAUCAGAGGACUCUGGUUGGCAGCGUGUUCACCAGUACGUACACAGUCCGCUCAGGUCCUGUGAGCCUUACGGUCACCACUCCUGCGCCAUCCACAACAACUGUCCCUACAACUUCAAAUAAUGCUACAACAGUGACUACCACUACAUCAACUACCACUACAUCAACUACUAGCUUAACUACUUCAGCAACUUCUGCUGCAGUCACCACAGCCACUCAGAGCACCACCACUUCUCAUGCUCCAGAAAUGGCCACAUCCAUGUCGAUGGGGAUUAUUCUGGCAACUAUCAGAAUAUUUCUUCAAAAGAUCAUCCUUUACUAAUCGUGCUGCUGGACAAUGAUCUGUCAGACUGGAGCACUGCAUGUUUUUCUGUCUGGGACUUUUAACCAAACGAACCUUACAGUUUUCUGUCUUAGAAGCAGAGGUAGAAGAUAAAAGAUUAAAAUGAGACAAUAAAAGGCUUUUAUUUCCCUAGCUUUUAGAAAACUGUGCUCCAGUGACGCCUGACAGUUGAGACACUGGCAAAAUCUGCACGCAAUGUUGCACAUAAUACUUCUUUCUUGUUUCUAAUACAUGAAUGCAAUUUUAUUAUAACUAUAUUGAUAUAUUAUCAAAUAAGCAAUAUUAGAAAAUGUUAAAAUGUUGUAUUUGUACUUACUGUGCAAAAGACACUGAAUUUAUUCAACGUAUUUAAUGUGCACACACAGGCAGAAGUAUGCUUGGAUACACUACUGUAGCAAAGCUAAACUAACUAAAGAUAAAUAAUUAAAUCCAUCUAAAACAACCUGUUUGUAUGAAUGGAUGUUCAUACUGAGCAGCAUUUUAAAACAAUUUUAGUCUAUUUGCAUUUACUGGUUACAGCUGCUAAAUAUUAUCAGCUUAUUUUACAUUUUUAGUAACAUUGUGGAUAUAUGUAUGUAUAUCGUAGAAUGUACAUUAAAGAUGAGUAAAAUAUUGAAUAAGACCUUUUUUCCAAUUUUGGCAUUAUGUGUUGGGCCUAGAUAAAGUUUUAAAAGAAGAAACAAUAGACAAAAUUUAUGGCUGUGCAAAUUUUACAUUCACUUUUUACUUCAAGUGUAUUUUAAAAUAACAAACAUAAUUUUCUGUAAUCCUCAAAUUAUAUUUUUGUAAAACAGAAAAACAUCAAUAAACACUUUGGC